AUGGGAGACGACCCUGUUGUGGGUAACCCCAACAGGGCCGACGACUGGCCAAAACCAAUUGACAAUAUCACACAAACAAACCAAAAUUUAGACCAAAGUAAUAACAAUGAAGCAAUGGAGACAUCUGCAGAACAAGUCAACCCUUCUCCUGCACUAUCCUAUCGAGAGAGACUAAUGGAGUUGAGGAAAAGAGCUACUUAUAAUCCAAUAAAGAUAGAUCCAGAAGACAUUCAAAUGGUGAUGGGAGAAGGAGUAGGAUUCAAUAAAUUGAUGAAGCGGAUCUGGGAUAUGUGGCAACCAUCGGAGAUCCUUAAAGUAAUAGACUUCACCAAUGACUUCUACGGACUUAAUCUGGCAAACGAAAAGGAAGAAGAGAAGGCACUCCGCGGUGGACCGUGGCCACCGGACAACUCUCUGACAGUACAACCAAACGACAUUAAUAGAAAAGAGGAUUCUUCAGAAAAGCCGAGCGAAGGACCUGACGGACGAAUUGGACUGGGACCGUGGAUGGUGGCUCAAAAGAAAGCAGGAAGAUUCACCCGACAGCCGGAGCAGAACAGUAGCCGGCGUCCACCCCAAAGAGAACAUGAGAAACCAAGUGGCUCGAGAUUCGCGCCGCUCUCAACGGAUACUGAGACGACGAAGGACGACCCACCAACGGACAAAAAAGAUUCGAAAUUAACCUUCAAAAGUCAUAAACCUUCCUCAUCCCGAUCCAAAACCAACCAAAAAGCCCAAAGCCAGAUUAAAUCCUUAGACUGCCAUAGCCCAUCCAAGAAAAAAACACUAGUUUACAAACCAAAGCCAACCAUAGGACUAGUAGAAGCCCAAAAUCAGCAAGGAGACAACAUAGAAAGCCAAAAGAAAGAAAUAGCUAACACAGAGAUCCACAAGAGAAUUGACUUCGUACCUGAAUUUAAUCCAGGCCCAGCUAACACUAAGCCAAAAACACCUACGCACCACAAAGCCUCCCCUUCCAAAAACACAAGACAAAUCCAAAUUAGUAGAAAACAGAAACCCAGUCAGAGCUCAAAGAUCGAUUAUCCAAUAUACCUCUGGGACUCAGAGUAUUCUGGUUCAGCUGAAGGGGGCAAAAAACGUAGUAGAAUUCACCCUAACCUCAAAGAGGUACCCCCUUCAAAAUCUGAUGAGCGGAUAAAUACUGUUAUUUUGCCGGAACAAGACAUCACUCCGGACAAGGUAAAAGCUUCGAUGAAGGAAAUUGCAAUGGGACCAGAAGACAUGAUGGUCAACUAG